AUGCCAGUAGAUCCAGAAAAGUUAGCUAAAUUGCAAAAGUCUACCGCUAAGAAAGUCGGUGGUUCUAGAGUCAAGGCAAAGAAGGGAGUCAAAACCGAGCAAGACGACUCCAAAUUGAUUGAGACUUUAGGCAAAUUGAAAGCCACCAAAAUUGAAGGCGUACAAGAAGCCAACUUUUUCAAAGAGGACGGUAAGGUCUUGCACUUCAACAGAGUUGGUGUCCAAGGUGCUCCAGCUUCCAACACGUUUGCUUUCACCGGAUACCCACAAGAAAAGAACAUUACUCAAUUAAUCCCACAAAUCUUGCCUCAAUUGGGUGCAGAGAACUUGGAAAUAUUGAGGCAAUUAGCUGAGCAAAUUCAAGCUGGAAAAACUCCAGGUGAUGUCAACGCCGGAGCCGCUGCUGCCAAUGAAGAGGCCAAUGAAGAUAUUCCAGACUUGGUCGACCAAAAAUUUGAUGACGUUGAGUAG